CGCCGCUACAAUCUUCACUCUCCAUUUUGGAGAAAAAAAAUCUUCUUCGCUGUAAAACUACACUGGACGAUAAUCUAUAGUUGAUAAAAAGAGAAAAGGGAACCUGCUAACUUAAAUCUUUUUGUAUGAGGGUAGGAUUUUUCUCUCGGUAAAAUGGGAAACUGCCACACCGUCGGACCAAACGAGGCUCUUGUGGUUUCAGGUGGCUGCUGUGGCUCAGAUCAGAAGACAUAUGUUGUGGGAGGCUGGGCGUGGGCCUGGUGGCUCAUUUCUGACAUCCAGAGAAUGUCUCUGGAGGUUAUGACCAUCCUCUGUCGCUGUGAGAAUAUCGAAACCUCGGAGGGUGUUCCCUUGGAUGUGACAGGGGUGGCACAGGUGAAGGUGAUGACCGAAAAUGAGCUGCUGGGUUAUGCCUGUGAACAGUUCCUGGGGAAGUCAGUGACCGAAAUCAAGAGCGUCAUCUUGCAGACCCUGGAGGGUCACCUGCGUGCCAUCCUCGGCACCCUCACUGUUGAACAGAUUUACCAAGACCGAGACAGGUUUGCCAGUCUGGUGCGAGAGGUGGCAGCGCCCGAUGUUGGACGCAUGGGCAUCGAGAUCCUCAGCUUCACCAUCAAAGAUGUUUACGAUAAAGUGGAGUACCUGAGUUCACUGGGUAAAACUCAGACGGCUGCGGUACAGAGGGAUGCCGACAUUGGAGUGGCAGAGGCAGAGAGAGAUGCUGGUAUCAGGGAAGCUGAGUGUAAGAAGGAAAUGAUGGAUGUUAAGUUCCUCGCAGACACAAAAAUGGCUGACUCCAAACGUGAGCUGGAAAUGCAGAAAGCCUCCUUCAACCAAGAAGUGAACACAAAGAAAGCAGAGGCUCAACUGGCGUACGAGCUGCAGGCGGCCAAAGAGCAGCAGAAGAUCCGGCUGGAGGAGAUUGAAAUCGAGGUGGUGCAAAGGAAAAAACAGAUCACAAUUGAAGAGAAGGAGAUCGAUCGAACUGAAAAGGAGCUCAUUGCAACUGUGAAGCGUCCUGCGGAGGCGGAGGCCUACAAGAUGCAGCAGCUGGCUGAGGGGCAUAAGAUAAAGAAGGUGCUAACGGCACAGGCCGAGGCGGAGAAGAUCCGCUGCAUCGGUGAGGCAGAGGCUUCCUCUAUUGAAGCUGUGGGGAAAGCAGAGGCUGAGAAGAUGAGGCUGAAGGCCGAGUCCUACCACAUGUACGGCGAUGCUGCCAAGACCGCUCUCGUCCUGGAAGCUCUUCCCAAGAUUGCUGGUAAGGUGGCUGCACCUCUGGCCAAGACUAAUGAGAUCGUCAUCUUGAGUGGAGAAGGCAGCCGCGUGACCGGAGAAAUUAACCGCCUGCUAGCGGAGCUUCCUGUCUCCGUCAACGCGCUCACCGGGGUGGAUCUGACCAAGAUCCCUCUGCUCCAGAAGAUGAUCAGCCCACAGUGCCAAACAGCCAUGUGAUGAACCAGGCGUGGCAGUCUUUAACCGUGCAUCUGCCUCAAGCAUGAAAACCGAUUUUUCAGCCGGAGACCCCUUAUGCAACUGCCUUUGACCAGAAACACUUGACACCAACAGAGAACAGUUUGUUUGUUGUUUUUUUUUUUAAUCUUUUAAAGAUGUUUUUAAUUUUCUAAAGGAAAAAAAUGGGGCCAGACUCUUAUGUAUCCAUUGUGUUUAGUUCCACUUUUUGAUCUGCACUAGUUAUCUAAAACUCUUAUACGGCGAUGUAGUUUAGUUCAAAGCAGCGCUGGAUAUUGGAGAGACAGCUCAGUGUUGUGGGUUCUAGGAAGAAUCCACACAUGUACAGUCUGAGGACUGUUCCUCUCGGGAGCAGUGGAAGUUUCUGCCCGGAGUCGGGAGCAUCUCUCCGUUUUCGUGUGCUGUGACACGAGAUCGCCGCUCUGAACGGUGCAGCGUGUCAGUUUCACUGCUCGUAGCUCUUUUAGAAGUAACUUCUGCUUUCAGACUCCAUAUGUUCAGUUUGAUGGAUUUCUAGCUCAGAUGGUUCCUGUUAGAUCUCAGCGGGAUUGUAAAAUUUAGAUUAUAUCAAAAUAGAAGAUAUAUUUGAAUCAUUUGUACGAUGAUCCUUACCUCGCAGCAGAUUAUAACAUGAGCUGUCUUCUCGUUCUGAUGUGCAGUGCCUGUUCACCACUCAAGUGCCCAAACCUCAGGGUUCAGGUUUGGCUUUAGUUAGAUUUACGUAUCGAAUAUAUCACUAUGUUAAAGAUGGAUGUUUAACAAUUAUUCUCAUGAUAUUUGCUCAUACUAACACUAGUGUUUACUCUUCUGUCACGUGUUUGGACCCAUACAUGUUGUGAAGCAAACAUAAAGCCAUACACAGCCUUAAGAGAGCCUGGAUACCUGCCAGGGCUGCUGAAACAAUCUUUUCUUUUUAAAUGUACCUCCAGUAGCACUAGUUAGACUGUCAGGAUCUGAGUUUGCAAUAGUUUUUCCCCGCGCAUCAUUCCUCCAGCUCCUAACUUCUUUUCACAAGUGAAUUGAGUUUUUGUUCAAAUUUUUGACCCGUUCUCUUUUGAAUGUCGUUGGUAUGUUGUAACUUGGGAGUAGCCCCACAUCGAAUCCCUGGUAGCAGAAAACGCCCCGGUGCUCUCGCCUCCACGGGCUCGUGUCGCCGUCUCCCAUUCCACGAUGACGAAGCAGAAAUAUAAGGUGGCGUUCAGUUUCAAGUUGGAAAACAAGCAUGUGAUGAGUUUGAGACGUGGAGGGUGUGUGUGGGCAGAGAAGCUGGACCAGCGACCUUUUAUCUGCAACUUAAAAGAAAAUAUGAAUUAUAAACUGUUACAAAGUGAAGAAAACUAGAACAAGUGAAGUCUAAGCUUUUUCUUGGUGUUUUUACUGGUUCUAUCAUAUUCUGCUCGUCAUAGUAUAAUGUAACAUUACAACUGGUUUUAAAAGGUUUUAAAACUAACUAAACUUUUUUCCUUUUAAGUAGAAUUUUAGCACUGGUUACAAGUUCAUACACAGCAUUUAUUUCAAAGGAAAACCAUUGUCACUGUUUCUAAAGUGACGUCACACGUUUCGGCCUCUAGAGGGCAGAGUUUUAACAGGUAUAAGACUUCACUGAAUAAUUUGUUUCUACGUCAGGCAAAUCCAAACUUCAUAUUUGAUGGCACGUAUAUCACCCUCUGUGUUGUUGUUCCACCUUACCGACCAGCUUACUGUGAACUGUUGGCAUGUUUCGUUUGAUUUUAUUUUUCUAAAACCAAUGUUUAUGCCUGUGAUAAUAUUUUGAGUAAUCUUCAACCACUUUUCAGAGUCUGUGAAUGUGUAUUGCUACAUUUCGGCAGUGAGUUAUAACCAUCACGCCUCCUUCUCUCUCCUGUGAAAUAAACUGCCGUGUUUAAACGCCUCUGUCCCUCCCAGCUUGUAGAAGAAUACCACGGAUGUGAUGUUUCAUUUCAAGUGGCCAGUGAUUUUCACAUGCGAUUAGACACAUUUGUCGUUCAAAGAUCACCUGAUCAUCCGCUCUGAUGUCGUGUUAUUCAUGAGGGGAUCUUUUUCUGCUUCACUUCAUAGUGCAGUCCUGCUCCUUCUUCUGGCUGUUGACUUUUUAACCUUAAAAAAAUUAACUUGACACAAAACAAUAACAUCUUGUCACCAAAAACAUCCUUCUAAAGCAUUUCUGGUCAGAAGUGAAGUCUCAUCUCCAUUUUAACAGCUGUUACCGAAGUGUCACGUAAGAGUUUUAUGUCUUAGGUCUUUUCUCUUUUUUUUUUUUUUAUCAGUCACCUGAAUAAAAGUCAAUCUCAUUCAAGAUAUAAACGAUACCUUUUUUAGGUAAUCAAUGUGUUUACAAUGUGUAAUUUGACUGAACAAAAUAAUCGCCAACUUUGUAACGCUCCUGUACUUUAGGAAAUAGAUUGUGUCAGUGCCUUUGUUAAAAUCAGGUCAUCAGGCUUAGAAGUAUUAGUGGCAUUUACUGAUGUGUAGAUUAUAUGAACUUCAUCUAUUUUCUUUUCAACUGUAAACAAUGAUAUAUAUAAAAUAAUAUAACAGGAGAUGCUUUUGUCUUUGGCCGUUACAUUUGUGCCAAAGAAAAUACACAAAACCUGCAUUUUGCAGGGUCUGAUCAGAAUAGUGUUGACUUCUAAAUCACCAAACAUUACAGACCUUUGCCUUAACUCUCAUGUGAAACGUGUCCGUCUAUUGUGCACCAAAAGGAAAAGUCAAAAUCUAUUAUAUGUAACUGAGCUUAGGAGAAGUGAUCCAGCGUGACUAUGUAGGCAUGUGUUCAUGUUAUCCUGUCUUGUGUGCCACCUCUAAUAAACGAUGUAUCUCACUUUC